UCGUCGCCGUCGAAGGAUCGUCGCCGUCGAAGGAUCGUCGCCGUCGAAGGAUCGUCGCCGUCGAAGGCUCGUCGCCGUCGAACGCUCGUCGCCGUCGAAGGCUCGUCGCCGUCGAAGGCUCGUCGCCGUCGAAGGCUCGUCGCCGUCGAACGCUCGUCGCCGUCGAACGCUCGUCGCCGUCGAAGGCUCUCCGCUAUCGAAGGCUUUUCCGCAGCCGUCGCGUCGCCCAACUGAAGCCUCUACCACUAUCAUCGAAGAUUUGAGGGAGCCUUUCAAUCUUCAGAAGGGUUGGCUUUUAUGGGCUGGAGUUGGACUUGUUGGUUCCAUAAUUGCCACUGCAUUGACCGGAGUUGCUGUGUCUUCCUUCAGUGGAGAAACCCCACAAAGAGAGACUAAUGCUCUUGUUCGCUUGCUUCCGUUAAUUGGAUCUUCAAAUCUCAAUACUGCGUGCUUGGUGGGCAUCACAGGUGUUCUUGCUCCACUCCUCGACCAAGUGAGAGAAAGAGAUGGAUUCUUCUCCUUCACAGGACAUAUACAUUCCGGAACAAUGGUCUGAGGCUGCAGAAUCCAUUUCUUGCAGUUCAACACCUCCUAUUGUUUUUAUAUGUGGUGCCAAAAAUUGUGGGAAGACGACCUUUUCCCGCUAUCUCCUAAAUAUCCUCUUGCACAAAUACACCAAAGUAGCUUAUCUGGAUACUGAUGUUGGCCAACCUGAGUUUACUCCUCCUGCUUUUCUAUCACUAUCCAUUGUUCACAAAGUAACUCCAGAUUUGACAGUUCCAUGCCUGAAAACACCAGAGAGGUGUCUUUUCUUUGGUGACGUUUCUUGUAAAAGAGAUCCAUCAACAUACUUAAUUUAUGUCUUUGCCAUUUAUGAUUAUUACCAAAAGGAGUAUGGCAUCUCUGUGAAGGGAGAAAAUCUUUGUAAUAUCAAGUUGCCUCUUAUUGUGAAUACUCCUGGCUGGGUGAAAGAUUAAGAGGAGGUGUCUGUGGAGCAAGCGCUGGAAGAAGGUGAUGUUGCAGCUUAGUAUGUAUAGGAUCUUGAUUAGUAGUAUUAUUCU